GACGGACCGCGAGACGCGAAAACUCUCUCUCUGUCUCUCUCUCACCUUCUUCCGCUUUCUUUCUCCCUCAUUCGCUCGCUCGCACGAAUUCCGAGGCCUGUCAAGUGAUGCGGAAUUUUCCUUGGAUGGCCGGGUCGACUCCCGUCCUGUUUUCUUAUGAUUUUAGGCAGGCAUUGCCAUUGCUCCCGCGCACAUUGUCGAUGGUGAUGAUGUCGUGAAUGCAUCAAAACCAGCCCAAUUCCAUGCACGAAUUUGCCUGCUCGUUGAAGGAAUCAAAGGUGAUGGGAAUCGUAUUUGUCGGUUUUGAGUUGAAAUAAGAAAACCAGGAGAAGGAGAAGGGAAGAAGAAUGGCAAGGACGGGGAGGAUACGUGAGAAGCUCCGAUGGAGCAAGAUCUACACCUUCUCCUGCAUCCGGCCCACGGGUUCGAUGACCGCGGACGCCAGCCCCUCCCUCUCCCUCCCGGGUCCCGGUCACUCCCGCGUCGUCCGCUGCAACCAGCCCCACGCCCACAGAAGAAAUCCCCUCAACUACCCCUCCAAUUAUAUCUCCACCACCAAGUAUAACAUCGUCACCUUCCUCCCCAAGGCCAUCUUCGAGCAGUUCCGCCGGGUCGCCAACUUGUACUUCCUCUUGGCGGCCUGCUUGUCGGUCACCUCCAUCUCCCCCUUCUCGCCCGUCAGCAUGAUUGCACCGUUGGCCUUCGUCGUCGGCCUCAGCAUGGCCAAGGAGGCCUUGGAGGAUUGGCGAAGGUUCGUGCAGGACAUGAAGGUCAACAUCCGCAAGGCCAUCGUUCACAAGGGGAAUGGCCGCUUCGGUAACAAAUUCUGGCACAAGAUUCGGGUCGGCGAUGUCGUCAAGGUGGAGAAGAACCAGUUCUUUCCUGCCGACUUGCUCUUGCUGUCCUCGAGCUACGAGGAUGGGAUAUGCUAUGUGGAGACUAUGAAUUUGGAUGGGGAGACCAACUUGAAGGUUAAGAGAUCGCUGGAGGUAACUCUGCCCUUGGAAGAUGAUCAGUCUUUCAAUGAUUUUAGUGCCACCAUCCAAUGCGAGGACCCGAAUUCUAGCCUCUACACUUUUGUGGGGAAUUUGGAGUAUGAGAGGCAGGUCUAUGCUCUCGAUCCGAGUCAGAUUCUUCUCAGAGAUUCGAAGCUUCGGAACACCAGCUACAUAUAUGGAGUGGUCAUUUUCACCGGUCAUGACACAAAAGUCAUGCAAAAUGCGACCGAGUCUCCUUCUAAAAGAAGCAGAAUAGAGAAAAAAAUGGACUACAUAAUCUACAUCCUCUUCACCGUUCUUGUUCUGGUCUCGUUGAUCAGCUCCAUCGGUUUUGCGGUGAAGACGAAGUUUGAAAUGCCAGAGUGGUGGUACUUGCAACCGCAGCGGGUUGGCGACAGCCAUUUGUAUAACCUGUCAACACCUGGAUUAUCUGGCAUCUUCCAUCUCGUGACGGCUCUUAUUCUGUAUGGAUAUCUUAUACCGAUUUCACUAUAUGUUUCAAUUGAGGUUGUGAAGGUCUUGCAAGCAAUGUUCAUCAAUCAAGAUCUUCAAAUGUAUGACGAGGAGACUGGUAAUCCUGCUCAAGCCCGGACUUCGAAUUUGAAUGAGGAACUUGGGCAGGUCGAUACCAUUUUAUCAGAUAAGACAGGCACCUUGACUUGCAAUCAGAUGGAUUUUUUAAAAUGCUCGAUCGCAGGUUUCUCCUACGGUCUUCGUUCUAGCGAAGUAGAAAUUGCUGCUGCAAAGCAGAUUGCAUCUGAAGAGUCGGGUGGUUCUGUGCAGAAUGGCAGCGGUAUAGAUUAUUGGGAGAAUGGUGGAAGUAGCUGUGGGUCAUCACCAGAGAUCAAAUUGGAAGGUGGAAUUACUUGCAAGAUUGAGAAGGCACGGAAGCCUAUGAUAAAAGGUUUCAGUUUCGAAGAUGAUCGCCUCAUGCAAGGAAAUUGGCUGUCGGAACCUGAUCCAGACGUGAUUCUUUUAUUCUUUCGAAUACUUGCAGUUUGUCACACAGCAAUUCCUGAACUAGAUGAGGAAACUGGUAGCUUUACCUAUGAAGCAGAGUCACCAGAUGAAGGUGCUUUUCUUGUUGCUGCCAGAGAAUUUGGGUUUGAGUUCUGUAGAAGGACUCAAACAAGUGUAUUUGUGCGGGAGAGAUAUCCUUCUUCGGCAGAUCCAAUAGAAAGGGAGUUCAAGAUUCUCAAUCUAUUGGAAUUCAAUAGCAAGAGGAAAAGGAUGUCGGUCGUUAUACGAGACGAGAAUGGACAGGUGCUUCUUCUUUGCAAAGGUGCAGACAGCAUCAUCUUUGAUAGAUUGUCAAAGAAUGGAAGAAUGUAUGAGGUGGAUACAAGCAAGCAUCUAAAUGAAUAUGGAGAAGCUGGCUUGCGGACUUUGGCACUAGCAUACAGGAAGCUCGAGGAAUCUGAAUAUUCAACUUGGAACACUGACUUUCUCAAAGCAAAAACUGCUAUAGGACCAGAUCGGGAAGCUCAACUGGAACAAGCCUCUGAUAUGAUCGAAAAGGAAUUAAUUCUUGUUGGUGCAACUGCCGUAGAGGACAAAUUACAAAAAGGAGUUCCUCAGUGCAUUGAUAAACUAGCACAAGCUGGUCUCAAGAUUUGGGUUCUGACAGGUGAUAAGAUGGAAACUGCAAUCAACAUCGGAUUUUCAUGCAGUCUACUUCGGCAGGGCAUGAAACAGAUUUGUAUAUCCCCAGUGAACAAGGACUUGAUUACCCAAGAUGCAAAUAAGGCAUUGGUUUUGUCUUUGGUGACCGAACAGGCUGUGAAGGAGGAUAUUCAGAAGCAAAUUACUAAUGCAUCUCAAAUGAUCAAGUUAGAAACUGAUCCUCAUGCGGCAUCUGCUUUGAUCAUUGAUGGGAAAGCUUUAACCUAUGCAUUAGAGGAAGACAUGAAGCAACAGUUUUUAAGUCUAGCAGUUGAUUGUGCUUCUGUAAUAUGUUGCCGUGUCUCCCCUAAGCAGAAAGCACUAGUGACUCGGUUGGUAAAAGAAGGCACAGGCAAAGUUACUCUAGCAAUAGGUGAUGGUGCAAAUGAUGUUGGAAUGAUUCAAGAGGCUGAUAUUGGUGUUGGUAUAAGUGGGGUGGAAGGAAUGCAGGCUGUUAUGGCAAGUGACUUCUCCAUUUCCCAGUUUCGGUACCUAGAGCGGCUUUUGGUUGUCCACGGACACUGGUGUUAUAAAAGGAUUGCACAGAUGAUAUGCUAUUUCUUCUACAAGAACAUAGCCUUCGGCCUCACAUUAUUCUACUUUGAGGCAUAUACCGGGUUUUCUGGGCAAUCAGUCUAUGAUGACUGGUAUAUGAUACUAUUCAAUGUCAUUCUCACCUCAUUGCCGGUGAUAUCACUAGGAGUCUUUGAGCAAGAUGUGUCUUCUGAAGUCUGCCUACAGUUUCCAGCUCUGUACCAGCAAGGGCCAAAGAAUCUGUUCUUUGAUUGGUAUAGGAUCAUCGGGUGGAUGUCUAAUGGUCUUUACUCAUCCCUCAUGAUCUUCUUCCUCAAUAUUGGGAUAUUCUUUACUCAGGCAUUUCGCCAAGGGGGACAGACUGCCGACAUGGCUGCCAUCGGGACCACCAUGUUUACCUGCAUCAUCUGGGCUGUCAACAUGCAAAUCUCUCUCACAAUGUGUCACUUCACAUGGAUUCAAAUUGUCCUUGUAUGUGGAAGCAUUGCAACUUGGUACCUAUUCCUUCUAGCCUAUGGCGAGUCAUCACCAUUAAUAUCUGGGAAUGCCUUCCACAUACUUGUAGAAGCCCUUGCACCUUCACCCGUCUUUUGGUCUGUAACUCUCUUGGUCACCGCAGCUUGUAACCUCCCUUAUCUGAUCCACAUCUCCUACCAGAGGUUAUACAAUCCAAUGGAUCACCAUGUGAUCCAAGAGAUAAAAUACUACAAGAAAGAUGUGGAGGAUCAGUGUAUGUGGACUAGAGAGCGCUCUAAGGCGAGGUCGGCAACAAAGAUUGGUUUCACAGCAAGGGUGGAUGCAAAGAUUAGGCAGUUGAAGGGAAAACUACAUAUGAAAGUCUCGUCUUUGAGUGCGCAAACUGUGGUAUUGCCACCUUCUCCAGAUGUGCUUUAGUGCCAAUGUUUUUAAGGAUAGAAAGAUCUUGCUUCUGUUCCUUCAUAAAAGAAAGUCUUCCACACUGUACAAUUUCUGUAACAUGCUAAAUGAAUCUCAUGGAUACAUUUGAGAUGCAUAUUUGCAUAUAUACGCUCCUCGUAUUAUGAUUUGGUGCUGUUUUGUUUUUUCAGAUGACAAA